AUGGCAGAGGGUGUAGCCGUUCAGGACGAAACGUGUAAUAAAGCCGAGAAAAAGUGGGCUAGUUUUGCCGAUUCGCUUCGCAACACACAAACUGGUAUAAUUUUGUUUUGUAUCUGUUUUUAGAAUCAUUUGACUAUUAAUAGUGCCACUAUACUAUUAGUGUUGACAGCACUAAUAUCACUGUGUACUAAUCCAAAUUCAGGUGAAGGAUCCGACACCAUAAUUGACGAAUCAACUGUAGAAGACGCACAACCAAAUUCAAGAAAUUCCAGCGGUUCUACGCUCCAGCCAGAAGAAGAAGGCUUUGAAAUUGUAUCGCAUAACAAAAAACUAAAGAAAACACAGAAACAACAAAUUGAAAAACUGGAACGUCGUCCACGAGCUCAAACUAUUAGUACGGCUACACUUCACCGAAAACCGGGGAAAAUUGAAAAGGAACGUGAAAUAGUGACGGUACCAAUAAAGGCAUCAGUCGAGGAAGUAAAAAAGAGCGGUAGGUUUACUUUGCAGACGUCAAAACUGGCAGUUUUUUAAGUAAUUUUUGACUUGUAUGACGAUUAUUUUAUGUAGUUAUUAACUAUAUUCGUUGGAAAAUUUUAUUCGUGGCGUUCAGGAUAAGAGGGAGGCUGAGGGUUUUGGAAAGAUAUUGAUAGGCAGAACCAUUAUUAGUAAUUUCUUUAUGUAAGUAUUAUUGCCAUUGUUACCCUUCAUUUAAUAAAAAAAUUUUAACCCAUAAUUGUCAGCCUAGCCGUGGGAUAAUUUUACAAAAAAUGUAAGCCAAACUUAAAUUUACAAUUGAGUUUGUUGCAACGACCCAAGAUAACUCGCUAAUCCUUUUCAUAUAUUUUUGCCGAGAGGUUUUUAAUAUUUGGUUGCCCUCAUCCACGGCACCGUCUUAGCCCUUUUUUGAAACGAGAGACCCGCAGGGGUUUGUAGAGGAUAGCAGAGAGAAAGCUAAAUAUUUUUUGUCUUUUACUUUUUUUACACUCGGAUUCCGAAGUGGGUCGGACGCUGGACGUUUCAACGAGUUGAGGGGCUACUAGUUUGUCAUUUUUUGAGAAUAAUUGUGUAAUUCUGUUUUUACGGUGUUUUUAUCAAACCAUGAUGCAUUUAUUAGCACUAUUUAUAUUUUAUUGUUAACACCUUAUGGUGAAACUUUUAUAGAGAGAAAAAAUAAAAUAACAGUGGGUUUGUGAUGCAACAGGGCCACGUUAAAAGUUUUGUGAAAAAAAACCAUAAGUGAUUCUUCCCUCACAGGACAUUUAUGUAAAUUUUGGAAAUUACUAAAAUAAAAUAUUUUAAAUGCGCUUUUAAGUCACAUUAAACGUACGCGUUGUUAAACGAGCCCGAUUCGCGCCAAAAAGACGAUAGGGUUCGGCUAAAAAUGAUCGCUCUUAAGUAACACAAGCCUGGCAAAGAGCAAUGCGCAUAAAUCGCAAAAAAGCGUACGCCGCGAUUAGAAUAAAACUUCUUUUUCGAUUUCAAUGUUUCAAAAGUUCUUCAUUUCAGAGCCUGCCAAACCAAAUAUUGCAGAAGAAGUCGAGCACGACGCUUCAAAUCACAGCUCCGACAGUGCAUUUGCCGAAAAUGUAAGUAACUUAAGAAUAAAACUACUUUAAAUAGAAUAGCAUUGAUUUAAUGUUAAGAUUCAUUUGAAAUUUAUUUUAUGGAGCGUUAAAUUUUAAAAAAUUUAAAAAAAAAAUAAUAAAAAAACAAUUUAAAGGCUAAAUAAGAUCAACUUGAUUUUUCGCUAUUAUCUUUGAAAAUUCGUACGCUCAACGAUUUUCUUGUUGGAAAGGUGAGAAAAAAAGAUUAUAGAAAAGCGGAGACAAGUAGAGAAAUGAAAAGUUUUUCGGAGAGGCAGUGAUGGACCUCAAUGAUAAGCAUUUGGUUUUAACGAAAAAAUCGAAAUCUGAAACGUUUUAUUAAUAACGGAGAAUUCAAGAUAAAUGAAAUAGUAGUCUUUUUGUAUGAGUAAAUAUAUUAUACCAGCGUUUUAUCGUAAUUCUAUAAUUUUACGAAAUUCUUCUAAAAAUUAUCUUUUUCGUUUCAGCCUUCUCCAAGUCACGGUUCAUCAACAUCGCUUCAUUACGCGGCCGACGCCGAAAAUCAAGAGUUGUCCGACUCCGUGGUGGCUCUGAGCGACGAAGAAAAGUGGCCCGAAUUGUCCGUGGCUACCAACGCUGGAGCUAUUCGUGGUCCAACAAACGUGAUGUCGUCUCCAGUUUCUAGUAAAAAAGUAAGCAAUAUUUUUGUUUUUUAAAAUUUAGAUUUUAUGUACAAUCAUAUUAAUAAUCACAUCAAAAACAGCAUUUUAGGUAUCGCCUGUAAUGUUUAAUUUAACAAAAACAAUUUUAGUUACCAUCUCCGAAGUCGUCAGAACACGACGACGAUCCGACCGGACAACGCAGAAACUCCAAGACUCAUUGGAGGAAGGUAGACAUAGAUGUCAGUUAUCAGCGUCCUACCGGAAAGCGGUCAAAUGUUGGCGGCCGACAAAGGCCUACACAACCUCAAAGCCACGGUUCGUUGGACUCUGCCGAAAUCAAAUCGCGAGAAACGCGAAAAUCACUGCCAGCAAGAACACUGAGCCAGAAGUACAAUAAUUCAGAAAGCGCUGGCAACAGUGACACAAACGGUGUCAAAGACGAUGAAAAAGAACGUCAGAACAGAAGGUAAGAUAAAUUGAAAACACCAUAAUAGAUUUUAUAAAUUCAUUUCUGUUAUCUCUCAGUUUCUACGGAAAAACGUAAACGAUGACGAAAACGUGCCUCAGAUAGACUACUUGUGUUAUAUUAGCUAGUUAAACUAGAAAACAACGCAUCUUCGGGGUCUAAAGGCUGACUUUAGGCACAGGGGCCAUCUGAGUUUAUUUAAAAAUUUCAUCUAACCCACACAUCCUAGAAAGACUGUAUACGAAAAUUGUUUAUGGCAACUUAAUAAAACAAUAAAUAAUUCAGCUUUUUAAGUGCUCGUUAUUCUGCGUCUGCACGUUACGAUAAUGAUACUGACGACAGUCAAUCAAAUGUAACGUAUAACCAACGUUCGGAAAAUACUGAAAAAGAUCAAAACCUGAACCACAACCAAUCUUAUCAGCCAAAUCAUUCACACCAACGGCGCUACAAUCGUCCACACCAACAACGACUUUCUCGGCAUUCCAUUCCUGCGAUGCCGUUGAUUCCGUUUUAUUAUAUGGCUGAUCCAACGCAGGUAAUCGCCGCGGUUCAACAGCAACAAAGUCAAGAAAAUGGAACUACGAGUACCAACAAUAACACUGUGAAUACGAGUAGUACCGCUGCCGCUUUUAUACCAAUAACUCAAAGUAACUUAUUUUAUAAUGUGCCUACUGCCAAUUUUUUUAUGCCUUUUCCACCUGCUCUUGCUCAAUUUAAUGGUAAGUUUGGGGUUUUUAACCAUCUAUUUAAACUCAUGAUGUUUAACGCAUAGUUUUAAAAUUUCAGUCAUUUAAGUACUUAGUAACAUAAGGAAAAAACAAGCAAAUAAAGUGUGUUUUUAAUAGGUCAAACCUCAAUGCCACAAUUUGUGCAGCCACCUUUAAUGUAUCAAGGAGUUAUGCCCGUAGUUGCCGCAUCUUCAUCUUCACAACUCCCAGCCACUAGCACUCCAUCUACUACAAACAACAUUCAAGAUCAUACGCCUAUAAUGGCACCAAUUGGCGUACCGCCACCUCCUGUAGGUCAAUUUGUGCCAAUGGCUGGGCUAGACCCAUUCGGCCUUCCCCCAACGUCGUUUUUAAAUACCCAGCAGAACUUCGGUUAUCCGGUUAAUGAAAGUUCAAUACAAUUUGCAAAAGAGAUAGGCAAUUUGGUAAAACGGUACUUUCCCGCAUCAACAGACAAAAUUCUGGGCGAUUUGUCUUCGCACCAACCGAUUGUCGAAAAUUUUGAACGUCAAGAUAGGUUACUGGUAUUACGAUAUCAAUUGUAAGUUUAAGAGAUUUUAUUAUAGUGUUAUUUAGUACAAAUCUUAUGAUAGUGGCUAAUUUUUUGUUUUAUAGGCAGUUCUACUUUUCUCCGAAGAAUCUGCUAAAAGAUUGGUAUUUGUGUUCUCGAAUGGACUCAGAAGGAUUUGUACCAUUAAGUGAGAUUGCAAAGUUUCCCAGGGUUAAAAUGCUUCACUUGGAAUUAAAAGACCUUAUUGAUGCCAUUCAAAACAGCGAUGUUCUUGAAUUAAAAGACGCUGACACCGAUGUAAGCUCUUUUCUAGGAAGUUGUAAAUAGCACUAUUCUCUGUGAAAAAAAAAUUGCACCUUUUUUAAGUCUUUGUACAAAGUUAAAAAUAUAUAUUCAUAUAUUUUGUAGACCCCUUUAAUUCGGACACGUAUAAAUCCAACACAAUGGGCAGCACUAUCCGGAAGAAAACAUUCUGGAAUCACUUCAGCGGCUCAGUCUGCCGACGAGCAACAAGCUCCAGCACGACGGCUAACUAUUGGCACAGAUGUGUCGGUCGACGACGUACGCCAAAGAUUAAUGAAAACGCGUUUCCAAAGCACUGAUUUGCCCCCACCAGUGAUUAAUGGUAACGGUAUCAAAGAACCACAGUCAAACGACGUUUUUGAAGACGACGGCAGCGACUGGGCUAACGUCAAAGGGAAAAAGAAAUCAAAAAAAGGACGGUAUGUCAUAAAUACUGCUUUUGCGUAACAUAUUUUAGACUGCUUAUUGUAGAAUAAAUAUCUAAAAAAUUUCAGGAUCUCAAACGAACUUACCGGUGAUCACAAAUGA